CCCCAGACUAACCAAUCGCAGGCCGGAAGAUGAAGGUUCUGUGGGCUGCGUUGGUCGUCGCGCUCCUGGCAGGAUGCUGGGCCCAGGAGGAGCCAGAGCUGGAGCAAGAUGGAAAGCUGGGCCAGGAGCUGGCCGGGUGGCAGGCAGGCCAGCCCUGGGAGCUGGCCCUGGGCCGCUUCUGGGAUUACCUGCACUGGGUGCAGAUGCUGUCUGACCAGGUGCAGGAAGAACUGCUCAGCACCCAGGUCACCCAGGAACUGACGAUGCUGAUGGAGGAGACCAUGAAGGAAGUGAAGGCCUACAGGUCGGAGCUAGAGGAGCAGCUGGGCCCUAUGGCCAAGGAUACUCAGGCCCGCCUGUCCAAGGAGCUGCAGGCGGCGCAGGCCCGGCUGGGGGCGGACAUGGAGGAUGUGCGCAGUCGCGUGGCGCAGUACCGCAGCGAGGUGCAGACCAUGCUGGGCCAGAGCACCGACGAGCUGCGCGGGCGCCUGGCCUCCCACCUGCGCAAGCUGCGAAAGCGCCUGCUGCGCGACGCAGAUGACCUGCAGAAGCGCCUAGCGGUGUACAAGGCCGGCAUCCGCGAGGGUGCCGAGCGCAGCGUCAGCACCUUCCGCGAGCGCCUCGGGCCGCUUGUGGAGCGCGGCCGUCUGCGGAACGCUACGACCAACCAGCUGCUGCGUGAGCGGGCCGAGGCUUGGGGCCAGCGGCUGCGUGGGCGGCUGGACGCAGUGGGCAGCCAGGCCCGUGACCGCCUGGACAAGGUGCGCAAGCAUGUGGAGGAGAUGCGGGCCAAGAUGGAGGAGCAGGCCGGCCAGAUGCGCCAGCAGGCCGAGGCCUUCCAGGCCCGCCUCAAGAGCUGGUUCAAGCCCCUGAUGCAAGACAUGGCCGGGCUGGUGGAGAAAGUGCAGUCGGCCAUGGCUGCCAGCCCCACCACUGUGCCCCAGGAGAAUCAGUGAGUGCCCCCAGCAUGCCACCGGGUGGUCCCCAUUCCUGCAGCCUCCCCCAACCCUGCCCCAGCUGUCCUCCUGGUGGGCCCUAGCUUAAUAAAGAUUCAUCAAGCCUCACAGCA